AUGGAUCUUGGGCCCGAUGGGCCCGACAAGGAUUGGGUGGCUAACCCAAGGAUGGACCAAGCCGGUCAGCCAGCUGGGUCAAUGACUGGUCGGACCAGCUUCGGUCGGAUCGAGAUGGGUCGAACUGAAUCGACCCGACCCGAACCGGGGCGCUUUCCGCGGGGCAGCGGGUGGAAUGGGUCUAGCGGCGGACCCGGCCGCGAGAGAAUGGGUCCAGAGUCGGGUUAUGCGCCAUGGGGCACUCCACGAGCGGAUUACGGACGCCGGGGGCGCAAGAUGGAAGAAGGACAAGGAUCCGGAAUCAAGCCUGGCGGCGAGGAAGACUAUCAGCGUGAGAUGGCCGACGGGGCCUAUUUGGAGAGGCGGACUGCGGACUCGGAGUACCGGCACUAUGGGCCGGGUCGCCUAAUGUAA